CGUUUUGCUUUGAAUUUCACUUCAAUGUUUCUUUGAAAAAAUCUAAAUUACAUGUAGCUGACGAGGAAUGUGUCACAGCCAUCGCCGACUCAGUUGUAGCGACAUCAAUAAAAAGCUCUCUACGUGCUUGCAAUGGCCGAAACCAAAAUGCCCACCGCCAGAUCAGCGGAUGUGCGAUGUCCUCCAACGGAGAGGAUUUCCACGCAUCGCAAAAGACUGUCGUUGGCACUACUGGAGUCAUCGCAACGAUGUGGUCAUACAGCAACUCGCGAAUCUACUCCAAGGAUGCCCCGAGAAGGUCGCCGGCUUUCUGUACGACCUCACAUUGCAAAACUACAAUCGGCUGCUCCAUCCCAAGCGCUGUGGCUACAAUGCCUGUCACGUUCCCUACUGUCAUCCGUAUACCUGUGAACGCUACAAGGGUAUCUUCGAUGAGUACGGAAAUCUAAGGGAUCCCACCCAUCCUAAAAGUCUAUUCAAGCUUCUGGAAAUAUUACAGAAUUUUCUAAAAGGUGAAACUUCUGGAUGUGUCCCAUUGCCCUUCGAUUCCAGUCUCAAAGAAGGCAAGCAAAUAUCCCAUGUAGGCUACCAAGUAUUUAGACCAAUGGCUGCGGUGGCAAGGUGUUAUGGAAUGGACUCUAAAGUAUUAAAAGAAGCCCUUGGACCAGGCUACCAAAGGACUGCUUCCAGCCAAAAACCAGAAGACUUCCCGUCUACCCAUCAAGCUUCAAGAAAACCAAAACAACUUCAAGAAACCAAUGGAUCUAUGAGAAAAGAAGAACAACUUGAACCAAAUGGGCAACAUAUAAAAGAGUUUCCAAUGAUCCAACGGUAUAAGGUGCCGAGCAGUAAGGAGCCUGAUAAUAUCUCGAGCGACUCGUCGAUCGACUUGAUGGACGAGAAGGGACGUCGUCGCGGCAUGGGUAGUCAUUGCAAUCAGCUCGGGGGUCUACGCUUCGAGCAGGCCAAGCAGCUGAGAGUUCUCAUUCAAGCCUUGAACGAGAAGCGUGGCCUGGACAAGAAUCAUCAAAAGAUCAUCACAGCCCUGGCCCAUGUCGAUUUAGAGGAUGAUAAAAAAAAGGCCAAAUAUGAAAAAUCUCGUCGUAAUGAGGCGUUUGCUUUACUCUCAAAGUUUUACUCGACCACCGUGAGCGAUGAUACGGAAAAGAUUAGGCCACCCACUCCGCACCGACGCCCCCGAAAAUUGUAUGGCGAACCGAUGCCGGUUUUGUACCACGAACCAUUCGAUUCGACCAAGGAGUGGACGUGGAUCCGCCGCCAUCCAAGCCAGAACCGUCUGCUGCCCAAUGGUCUGGUGGGAUUCGCAGAGAUCAGGCGCUACAAGCGCCAAUCCAUACAGAAGGCCAUCGAGAAGGAGCGUGUACGAUGGUCCAUACACAGCACGUUGAGUCUGUCGAAUUCUCCCACAAGGCAUCGAAGUUCCUUCAAUUCUGUGCUCAUGGGGUCAAAGAAACCCAAGAAAUAAAAUUCGUUCCAAGUUA